UAUUCCAACUCACGAGCUUACGGAAUGGUUACGGCUUGUCUGAAAUCAUCGGGUUUGCUUGCAUCACUCCGCCGAACACCCACAGCCACCUCAGCGUAGGUCAUCCACUGCCGAUGGUGGAAUACAAGGUAGUGGACAGCAACACCGGGCAGCCACUGGGACCUGGUGAAACAGGAGAGAUUGUUUUUAGGUCACCGCAUUUGAUGCGAGGUUAUCACAACAGACCCGAUGCAACUACAGAGGUGAUUGAUGAACAUCGCUGGUUUCGAAGUGGUGACGCUGGCUACUAUGACAACAAUGGCCAGCUGCACGUGGUGGAGCGCGUCAAAGACAUGAUCAAGUGUCUCGACCAGCAGGUGGCGCCAGCGGAAAUAGAGGCGCUAUUGUCUCGCCAUCCUCUCGUUGUGGACUCGGCGGUAGUGGGGAUCGAGCACCCCGACUUUGGAGAGGCACCGACCGCCUUUGUGGUGGCCGAAUCAUCCGCACAUGGACACAUCGAAGAGGAGCUGAGGCAACUCGUGGCGGAACAAGCCGCCUUCCACAAACAUUUACACGGAGGAGUCAUCUUCGUCGACAGCAUUCCCAAGACGGACACGGGAAAGUACAUGCGACGACAUCUGCGAUCUCAAUAUCUGGCAAAGUUAGGAAGAGCCACGUAGGAUUUCGUAGGUAGUAUUUUUUUUUUCAUAUGUUACGGGUAUAUAACACUGAGGCCUUCGUCCUGCAGUGGGCAUAAAUAUAAGCUGCUGAUGAUGAUGA